AUGGGUUAUAUGAAGCCUCUGCUGGAUGUUGACGUGCCUUCCCCUCCCCCAGGCUUCCCGGCAGACCCCCUGGAGAGGCGUCCCGGGGGAGGUGCCAAGGCGGAGCCUUUGUGUUUUGUGUUUGCGUACCGCGUGUCCCCUUGCUGGCUCCACACCCAGGCCCCAGACCGGGAGCGAUACAGCCUCACGCACUGCAUGCUCUGUGGAGGGAAAGGUGAAGAGCUCCUGAGCAGCACGUUUGACCUUCCGUCCCACAAUGCACUGGCUCCGAUCCUUCUAGAAGACCGGCAGCCAGUCAGCCCCCGGGGGUCGGCCUCCCAGAGCCCUCCGGCUGAGAGGAGAGGGGCCAUGCCCAGCGAGGGGCAGCCGGCCUCCCCGUCCCAGCCGGGGAAGACCUACCAGGUUCUGCAUGCACACAAACGGCUACCUCUACCUGAUUUUAAGGCCGAGGAAAACACAUCUGAGAAGCUUACCCUUCAGACCAAGGACGUGGAGAGCUACCGCUCGGCACUGGACAAGAUGGCGGAGGACAUGGUUGGUCUGAGGACGCUCGUGGUGACCCUGGAGGCGGAGAACAGCCGGCUCCUCGGCGACCUGUCGCUGCACCAGGACCUUGGCCAGCAGCUGUUGGACGACGCCGACAUCGACGUCAUGACCAAGGCUGAGAUAGCGGACCGGAUAGCCUAUCUGAAGUUAAAGCUGGCCAGUGAGAUGAGGAAGGCUGGUGGGCACCGGGACAAGGUGCAGCAGCUGCAGAACGAGAUGAUCAGGAGGAACGACCAUGAGAAGGAGCACGUGAGGCUGCAGAAGGCCUACCAGGAGCAGCAGAAGGAGGUGCAGCUCUGCCAGAGUCAUGUGGCUCGGGUGGCAAGCUUGGAGGCCACGGUGAAACAGCAGGAGAAGGUGAUUGAGAAGAUGGAAAAAGUGCUCGAUAACAGGUUAACAGAGAGGAAUAGAAAGAGUGAGGACAAAAAGCAUGUUGGGAAAAAACUGACAGAAGUUGACGCUGGCAGAGCAGAGAUGGAGCGGGCCCUGGCAGCAGAGAACGCUGGAAUCAAGCGUGAGCUGGAGCUGCUGAAUCAGCAGAUUUAUGCCUCUCGGGUGCAGCAGUCAGCACAGGCACCAAAGGUGUUUCCAGAAGAGGAGAGACUCGCUUUGUUUCACAAAUUAGAAACAUCUGAAGCAAGAAUACGAACACUGGAGACUCAGCUGGCAGAGAACUGUAAACUAUGGGGGGAGGAGAAACAGGAAAUGUUGACCAGACUCAGUGAGACCAGACAUGGAUUGGGAUGAAGCCAAUAUGACCUCAUGUAAUCUGAUAUUUUUAUAAGGUGCCAAUAUUUUUGUGUGUGUGUGUGUGUCUGCAUGUGUGUGUGUGUGUGUGUGUGUGUGUGUGUGUGUGUGCGUGCGUGCGUGCGUGCGUGCGUGCGUG